AUUUUCCAGACGAAACGAAAGUGUCGGUGGUGCAAAAAGAAAGACUCAUACUGUGGACAGUGAUAUUUGGAAACCUACCCAUUAUCUGCUUUGUCAGUCUCUCCCCCCUAUGUCCUCUGCUGUUUAACUUUCCAUUUAAGCUACUUGUCUUCUUCUAUCUAAACACAAUGCUUUAAAAAUCUUUAACCAGAAACAACAUUUGAUAAUUGAUUUCUUGCUUCCAAACCCUCCUUUUCUCCUCAUUCUUUAAACAAGAUUUGCUCAUUCCUUAUAGAGGAAAACAGCUUUCUCUGCAAAUGGGGGUUGAUUUGAGGCAAGUUGUUGCUGGUAUACUCACUCUCACAAUGUUUGUGAUGCUUGGAAACAUGAUCAAGAGAGACCAUUUUGAUUCUGUUGAAGAAAAAUUUCCGGGAGGAGCUACAGAUGCUGAAUUUGAUAGUGGGAAGGUUACAGAGCAUGGCCUUGUCGCAUUUUCAAAGACGAGUAAUGGACCUUGGAUGGAGAAUGCUCAAGAGCUAAAACCCUGUUGGACAGAAUCAAAAUUCGAUCAGGCAGAGCGGUCAAAAGGGUUCAUCACUUUCUCAUUAACUAAUGGACCAGAAUAUCACAUCUCACAGAUUGCUGAUGCAGUGGUGGUAGCAAGAUAUGUAGGAGCAACUCUUGUACUACCUGACAUUAGAGGAACCAAGCCAGGUGAUGAAAGGAAGUUUGAAGAAAUAUAUGAUGUGGAUAAAUUUGUGACAAGCCUGGAUGGAGUAGUUAAAGUGGCAAAGGAUCUACCUGAUGAUGUAUCAAUUCGAGAUUUUGCUGUUGUCAAGAUCCCUAAUCGUGUUUCAGAAGAUCACAUUGCAGAAUCAAUUGACCCUAUCUUUAGAACAAAGGGAAACAUAAGAUUGGCUACUUACUUUCCCUCAGUAAACAUGAGAAAGACCACACAAAAGAGUAACAGUGAUUCAGUUGCAUGUUUGGCAAUGUUUGGAACUCUGGAGUUGCAGCCAGAAGUUAAUGAAGUGGUUGACUCUAUGAUUGAGCGGUUGAGAACUUUGAGCCGCAAGUCCGAUGGACGGUUUAUUGCCGUGGACUUGAGAGUUGAUAUAUUGGAAAAAAAGAGUUGCCACGGUAGUGAUGCUGGUGCAGCCAAAAAUUGUUAUAGUGCUCAGGAAAUUGCCUUGUUUUUAAGAAAGAUUGGAUUUGAUAAGGACACCACAAUCUACUUAACUCAGUCCAGAUGGGAUGAAAGCCUUGAUGUUCUUAAGGACAUAUUUCCAAAAACUUAUACAAAGGAAAGCAUCAUGCCUGAAGAUAAAAAGACCAAGUUCCUGGAAUCCGAAGAUUCGGAGUUUGAAAAAGUUAUAGACUUCUACUUAUGUUCUCAGAGUGAUGUGUUCGUACCAGCCAUAUCUGGCCUAUUCUAUGCCAAUGUAGCUGGUAAGAGAAUAGCUUCUGGUAAGACACAAAUUCUUGUUCCAGCCAACAUUCCGGGAACCUCUGCGUCGGUCACCAAUCAUUUCUCCCCAUAUAUCUCAAAGAAGAACCACUUGGCCUAUUCAUGUUUUUGCUAAUAAUGUGUGUGCAAAAAGGAAAAAGAAUCGAAAAUGGAAAAAACAGCAGAAACUGCUGGUUUGAAUUCAAGCUUUAGCAGCAAAUCAGAUAGAAAGGUCAGUUGCUUAAUACAAUCUUCUACUGGGGAUUAAAAUUACCUCAAAAACACUGAGUAUCCAUUUAAUUUUUUAAGACAUUUCUACGGUACAGAUUGCUUUCUGGUCAGCUCUAUAUAUAUAAACAUUAUUAAUAGAAUGUGUUCAAUGUUUUGUAAAACCAAAGUAAAUUUGUUUAUUGGAAAAUUAGUUGUAUUUUGUAAUGUGGCUUUAUUUUAAUGGAUUAUUUGUUGACAUUUGAAUUC